AUGUGCUUGCAUAUCACUAAAAAAAACUUAUCAGAAAAUGACACUGAUUGUGAAAACAUUUCACAACAACUGCCACAAUGGGAAGAGUCUGGGUCUUUUGUUAACACAACUGAAGAAACACUUCAGCCUGAUUGUAACAAUUACAACUGGCAAAAUAACAAGUGCAAGUAUGAACACCAUAUUAUAGGAGAAAUGCCUUCCUGGGUAAAAUCUAAAAAGGACACAUUUUCAGUUGCAUUGCCCCAACAAAAUAUUGAUAUUAGUACUUUUAGUGAUAUGCAAGCACAUGCAUACAACAUGAUAAAUGCACAUUCUGAACAAGCUUCUCCAAAAGAUCCAUUGUUACUCAUUGUGAAUGGAGUUGCUGGAACUGGUAAAAGUUAUCUGAUCAAUGCCAUUCAAAGUCUACUCGGAACAUCUUGUGCAGUGACUGCCACCACUGGCAAAGCUUCCUUUAACAUAAAUGGCUUAAACCAAAGAGCUCAAGGUACAAAUCCAGAACAAUGUCAGUUUAGAGAUUUAUUCAUGCGGCUACGCACAGGAGAUUGUACAGAAAAAGACUGGAAACUUCUCUUGACUAGACAACCUUCUAAUACAACAAACUUGACCGAGUUUCAAAAUGCCACAAGACUAUAUUUUAGCAAUGAAGAAGUUGCAAAUUACAACUUUGAAAAACUGUCUGCACUUCAUAACCCAAUAGCACGUGUCAAUGCACGUCAUUCAAGUGAUUUAGCUAAGAAAGCUAGCCCUGAUGAAAUGGCAGGACUAAAACCUUGUGUUUUCCCUGCAAAAGGGGCACAAGUAAUGCUUACUAUGAAUUUGAGGACAGAUGUUGGGCUUUGCAAUGGGGCAACUGGAACUGUUAUAGACUUCAUUUAUGCAGACAAUCACCAGCCUCCUGACUUACCUCAGGCGGUUAUUGUGAAAUUUGACAACUACAAAGGCCCAUCAAUUAGCAAGUCCAUUUCAUCAUGCGUUCCUAUAUGCCCAAUCAGAUCUUUGGCUGACCAUAGUGCGCAAUAA